GUUCGAAAACACCGGUCGUAAGAGAAGGCGGUCGACUUCAGUUCUCGUCUGCGUGGAACAGCGUGUUGCUGUUAUUGGGUUCGCUUUUUAUUUUCUAUUUUGGUUAUUAUCGUUUGCUGCGAGUCCCAGUGAGCUUCGAAGUUGGACUGUUUUGGAGAAAAAAUUGUCGUUUUGUAUAGCAUGGACUGUACUCAAGACUUUUAAUGUUGUAAGAAAACUUUUCUCUGAGAAAGUUUCGAGUCUUUUUCAUUAUCUUAAUGCAUCAAUAACUUUUCUCGAACAGAUAUUAUGCUAUUGUCACUCUUUCCUGAAAUAAUGUGAAAAGAAAGAUUGAUGAUCACUGAAAUAAUUAAAACGCGCAAUUUCUACUUGAAUAAUUAGUUAGAAUAAUAUUGAUGAAACGAGGAUAAAUUAUUUCAAGGGAACAUUUCUCUGAAUUCACGUUUUUAAGGAAGUUUGAAAGUUUUGCAUAUGCAAUUAGAAGAAUCUAUAGCAAGAUUAACACAUGCGUAAAAGAUUUAUUAAGAUGUUUCGAAAAUAAAAUUUUGAAAAGAAAGUGAGGACUGAUUAAAUGAAAAUCAUCUUUAAUAUGACUGAGUUCUAAUUUUCCAAGUUUUCUUGGAUGAAGAGACUAUGAAAACAAUGUUAUUAUUCACUAAUAAAUGUCUUAAUCAUCUUAUUAUUCAAUGGCUUUAAAAGCUGCUGUUUUCAGUUGGGUCUGUUAUUAGUUCUCGAGGAACAAAAAUAUCGACUUUUCUGAAAUUCUUACAAUUAUUCUCUAACAGUGAAUUCAAAUCAAAUUGCAUAUUUCUAAGGCUUUCUGAUGCAAGAAUACUACAUGAUGCAACAGGCCAACGGCUGUGGGUCUAAUUCUCCAUCACCUUUUCAAAACCACCACCAACUGCACCAACAGCAGUUGGCCUCACCUCCUAUACAACUGCCAGCCGGAACAGCACUCAGAACGUGGCAUCCGCAUGUAUAUGCCAAACCACCUAGACAUCCAACCCCUCAUUUCAUAGCAGACAUUCUCGGAUUUCGAGAACACUCUCCAGAAAGAACGACCACUAGCUACUGUUCUGUGACUGUCACUCCACCACCUUCUCAAGAGCCUCUCAUGACGAUGCCCAUGUUGAAUGGAACAUGCUUACCAAAGCAGCCACUGAUACAUCACCAUACUGCUGAACUCAGGGCACCAGUCGAACAACCAUUGAACUUAUCAUGUCCAGACAGUAAAAAAUCUUCGCCGUUCUCAAAUACACCUGUGUCUAGCUCCUGUUCUCCAACAAUAGCCACAGCGGACUAUGAAGCAUCUCCUAUGCCAAACAGUGCAUCUGCUUCAGACUCUAUCGUCGUUCCGAAUGUAGUGUGCAAACUUAGACUUGAUCUGGCACAAAAGCCAGGUACUCCACCGAAUUGCAAUCCAAUCAGGACAUCUCCUGUGAAUAGCAAUUUAUGUAUUAGACCUAUUUUGAGAAACGAUGAAAACUUAGUUAAUAAUAACUGCCAGAAAGAUGGGGUUCAGAUGACUGGAACAACGGCUGGAAUCACUAAUCCUCUGGCCAUCUCAGAUAAUAAUCAAGUACCAUUGAAAGUGAAACCUCCGAAAAACACCACCAAGAGAAAGAAGGACAAGAAAGUGGAAGCUCUCAACGUGACGGCCCAGGCUGCUCCCAGCGCCCCAUCGGGGGCUCCGCAACCACCGCAGCCGCCCCAGGCCCCUCAGGACAGCGGCAGUGAUCCGGAGAGCGAGAAGAACAAGAAAAAGAAAGCUCGAACCACUUUUACAGGAAGACAGAUUUUCGAACUGGAAAAGCAGUUCGAGAUUAAGAAGUAUCUUUCUUCCAGCGAGAGAGCUGAAAUGGCGAAACUGCUCAACGUCACCGAAACGCAGGUAAAAAUAUGGUUCCAAAAUCGAAGGACGAAGUGGAAGAAGCAGGACAAUGUAUCGAAUGCUGAGGCUGCGGAACUGAAAUCGAGCGGUGAAAAAUCCCAAACAGCGAAAAAAUCAUCCAAGAGUAAAGCUACAGUAACAACCGUUAAUGGUGCUGCCCCAGGAGCCACAGUUGGAGCUGUACCUCAACCGCAGCGACAAGUCCUCAACGGCCCUGCAUCUGUAUAUACAGCCAAUGGCGAUUUAGUCCCGAAACCUGUAGUGACCGAGCACAACAAUAAUAUACCUAACACAGAUCAGUCUGUGCUACCAGUAUCUCCUGGACUUGUUUCAAAAAUAUCACCUACAUCUGGUGAUGUUGCUUGCAGCAAUACGUCUUCAGACAUAUCCUCUUCAACUCCACCGACGUCUGCUGGUAUGGUACCCAUCAAUACCAUGACGCCUCCUUUGUCGAUUGUUGAAAAUGGCGUCGAUUCUGAUAGUCGAGCUUCAGAUGUGUUUUGCUGGGGAAGGUCUUCGUCUCCAUCUUCAAUGGAAAAUGGCGUUGCAGGUGACAGUUCAGUGGAUAACACUGAAUCUAACCACAUUCAGCAUUCUCAAUAUAAUGGCCCAUGCUAUUCCAACAGUGUGGUUAGUGUCGAUGCUGCCAUCAAUACUUCGUCAUCAUAUCCAGAAUCCGAUAUGAGAUCUAACGUCAAAACACUCGAUGUUGAAACAUCUUUGCACAUGCAAGGAUGUCCAAUGAACAGUCAAGAAGGAACGGAACCGGAACUGUCCAGCAAUCACUGACGGUUUGUUUUCCGUUUCUAGGAGAAAACAUUAAUCGCUCUAACCUGAGCUUUCUUAGAACGGAAGCAUGGAGAUAUCUAACUGUUCUAGAAAAUGAGCAAAAAGUCUUCAAAUUAAUCAGUUGUAUGCUUUAAAGUGAACAGAGAGUGGUUUCUUUCAUACUGUAAUAUUUCAGGUGUGUGAAACUGUUUCACAUUUCACUUCGCCAAACCACCGGUGACUAAAUUGUAAAUAUCACUUUAAGACUAUCUGGAGUCUUCCUUCAAAAAUACAGGGUAAUUUAUUUAUUAAAUGAAGCAAAGACACCUGGAUGUUAAUUUCGUUAUAAAUCAUUCAAACUGGAAAAAAAGACGAUUGUGACAAAGUGUCUUUAAUGCUUCAGAGUAAAAUAUAUCUAUGACAUUUCUGGAUAAUGGUAUGAAUCCAAACAUGACUUUGUAAAUCGAAGUGAAACUGAAUUUAUUGUCUGGUAUUUACAAAUUCUGAUCUUCUGAUUACUCUAGAGGUUGUGAAGUCUGUAUGUUUCUUGCCAUAAAGCCACUUCAGAGAUUAUAGUACUGUUAGAAAUGCCUCUUAAUGUUGAUAAAAUUUUACUUAUAAUGUGAUUUAACUUUAAUGUCUCUCGCAUGAAUUGUGCUUUAAGAAACUCACUACUUUUUAGUAAAAUAUCCAUGAAGCACAAAUAAUUAUUUAAAUCCCUUUUCUGCUUAUUUGUUGAAUGGUUCUUUCAUGUUAUGCCAAUAAAUUUUAUUUGCAAAUACUACUCCAUGAAACAAUUUAUAGAAUGUGAGGAAUCAAAUCUUUAAUGUAGCUUUAUAUUAAAGCAGAGAAUUGAUAUACCUAGUUAAUAAUGUAUUCAAAAGCUUUCUCACUGAAAUAGUAAUUUCAAUACAACAAAUGGCUCUUAAUAUAAAAUUGAUAAAAUCUGAUUACUUCUCGUUAUAUUAAGAUCAAAUUUGAUUAAUAGAUAGCUGUUUAUACCUUUUUCAUUACGCAUUUUCCUAAAAAUAAAUUUCAAAAGUGAAAUGGGUACAAAAUUUACAUUGCUCCCCGACUCUUACAUUCUGAUUUAUAUAGCUUGUGAAUGAUAAUAUUUUGAUUCGUUAAAACCUGAUUAGAAUUUUACUAAGUAAUUCUUUCAUUCUACUCAAUCUCAUUCAUUCUAUUACAGAAUUUUUUGCAUAUUUUCACUAGAUUGACAGUAUCUAAAAUAAGCCAAAUUUAGCAAUUAUACACUGGUGCAAUUUUUCUUCUAACCCAUUGCGGAUAUUGCAACCGGGCUUACAUUUCGGCUUCUUCAGCGCUAAUAGAAAAAUUACAUUUCUCGCCAAUCUGUAUGCUUGGCAACAAUUACUGUCGAGCUAUUGGAAAUAUACUGAUUUUUUAAAUUGACUACUAACUUCAACUACUAUACUGCCGUAGUAAAAAUCAUCAAAAUAAACUUGAUUUUUUUAAAUCGUUUUUUGUCCUGCAUACAUUUUGUGCUUCAGAGUUAUUAUAAAUAACGAGCUUCUUAGCUUCAUAGUACUAUGAUCUUCAUCAGAGACACAAGUCGGUUCUUGCUUUCUUCUUAGUAUGAUUCUUGAACGAUAAAUCUCAAUUGUGAAUUAUGUAAAAAGUGUCACAGUUUUUCCCUGAAUCAUCUGUUUAUGUCU